AAGACAUGCCUGUCAAUGUGUCAUCUCCCUGAGCCUCGGCGCCAGGGCCUAUGCCAUGCCCAGCUUCACGCGCGUCCAGCACCACACUUCUACGCCUUCCGGCGCAUCCCGUCAGUUCCACAGUUACCGUUACCUGCAUAUUAUCCAGAACAGAAGGUUUUUUACCCGAGCGACCAGACGACGGAGCCAGGAAGAGGAACCAUCACGCAUACUCCUACAUAUUAUCCACUCCAUCACACUUCCUCUGACAGAAAGCUGCUGACCCUUCUUCCAUCGUCUCCAACAUUCAUUCAAGAACCUGCCCUCUUUGCCAUCCAUAGUGUUCCAAACCAACAAACGAGGCGCGCACCGGGAUCGAUCGAUCUCCUGAAAUGGGCGAGGAGAAGGAGGCAGACUCGCCGCAGCCACCGCCGUCCAAGCUUCCCCGCCUCUCCCGCGGCGACUCCAAUGCCGGGGCGGUGACCAUGGCGGCCUCGUCGCCGCUGGUUCUUGGGCUGGGCCUGGGGCUCGGCGGCGGCGAGCGUCAGCAAGACGUGGCUGCGCAGGCGGCGGAUUCGAAGUCGGUGCUGACGUUCAUGCAGCAGCAGGAGCUGGAGCACCAGGUGCUCAUCUACCGCUACUUCGCGGCGGGCGCGCCCGUGCCGGUGCACCUCGUGCUCCCCAUCUGGAAGAGCGUCGCCGCCUCCUCCUUCGGCCCCAACCGCUUCCCCUCCCUGAUCGGGCUGGGGAGCCUGUGCUUCGACUACCGGAGCAGCAUGGAGCCGGAGCCCGGGCGGUGCCGGCGCACGGACGGCAAGAAGUGGCGGUGCUCCCGCGACGUGGUGCAGGGGCACAAGUACUGCGAGCGCCACGUCCACCGCGGCCGCGGCCGUUCAAGAAAGCCUGUGGAAGGAGGAGCCUCCGCAGCCGCAGCCCAGCACAACGGCACCACCACCUCCGGCCUUGGCCUCGGCGGCUUCUCCUCCGGCCACGGCGUCCUCCUCGCCGCUCACGGCGCCUCCACGCGCGCCACCUGAGCGCUCCUCGUUUGUCAUGGCGCGCGGAGGGUAAAAAUCGUGUAGUGUACCGGAGUCUGCAUUCUGCAGGGAUCUUGUCGCGUGGUGUGGUGUAACCUUUUUAAUCUCUUGGCAACUUUUCAAAACUAAUCUGCCGAGUCUGAUGGCAUGCUCGUCGCUGUGCGUGCGCCUGUGACACACAUGUGUGGCAGGCCAUUAGGGGCAGAAGUGUUUUUCUUUUA